GAAAAACGCCAAUCACUUUUAUUGCUGCAGCUUACUGAGACUGGGAGGAUUGGGAGUUUCCCAAAAUGAGUAGUUCAGAAGAAGUAUCAUGGAUUUCUUGGUUCUGUGGAUUACGAGGGAACGAAUUCUUUUGUGAGGUGGAUGAGGACUACAUUCAGGACAAAUUUAACCUGACUGGACUCAAUGAGCAAGUUCCACACUACAGACAAGCCCUGGAUAUGAUUCUGGAUCUGGAGCCUGAUGAGGAGCUGGAGGAUAACCCUAAUCAGAGUGACCUGAUAGAACAGGCUGCUGAGAUGUUGUAUGGACUCAUCCACGCACGCUACAUCCUCACCAACCGCGGGAUCGCCCAGAUGUUGGAGAAGUAUCAGCAGGGGGAUUUUGGCUACUGCCCCCGUGUUUACUGUGAGAACCAGCCAAUGUUGCCCAUUGGGCUGUCAGACAUCCCUGGUGAAGCCAUGGUGAAACUCUACUGCCCCAAGUGCAUGGAUGUGUACACUCCCAAGUCCUCCAGGCACCACCACACGGAUGGGGCAUACUUUGGCACAGGGUUUCCCCACAUGCUCUUCAUGGUGCACCCUGAGUACCGGCCAAAGAGGCCUGCCAAUCAGUUCGUGCCCAGGCUUUACGGCUUCAAGAUCCACCCAAUGGCCUACCAGCUUCAGCUGCAGGCUGCCUCUAGCUUCAAGAGCCCUGUCAAGGCCAUCCGCUAAGGACCACAGAACAGAGGAGAAGAGUGAGGAGAGAGGUAGGGUGGGAGAGCGGGAAACGAAGAAGGAAGAGCGGAGAACAUCUGUGGCCAACUCCUUACAGAACCUCAUCUUCUUCCAGCAGUCUAUGAUUUGUUUUAGAUUAGGUUGAUUGAGAGAGAUGUUUAAAUAUUGAAUGAGAGAGUGAGUAUAUGACACACACUUAAAGCUCUGAAUACCUUCUUUUGUCACACACAACCAAACACACACACACAACCAAACACACAUGUACACACACAUACAUAGAGAGAUACAGUAGGGGUGGUUGUGCAGAUGUGAGUAUCUACUCUGUAACCCAGAAAAACAGAUGGAUGUAAAUUAGUGUAUGUAAAGACCAGAGAUGAGCCAAUGAAGAGCAUCCUUCAUAGUGACAUAAUACACCGAUCUGUGUUUUGUUUGGUGUGUUUCCAUGGUAAUAAGUUACAGUUCAAGUUCAAACUCUUCAAAAAAAAAAAAAAAAACGAAUGGCUUGGUGUUCUUCUUCAUUCGUAUCAUAUUAUCUGGCUGUCACAGACAGAGAACCCAGAAUUGUAUCAGGACAACGCUGUUAACUCCAGGGGUAAGGAUGGCAUAAGCCUAAACUGCGCCCUCCUCUCAUCUUGUGCCUCUCUGCCACAUAAAUCAUCGUAAUUUAGCACGAGUGAGACGUGUUCGGUUCCAGCAAUCCAAACAAUUCUGUCAGUUGCCUUAAAGUAGUCACACAGCAUCUAUAUACCAGUUGUGGGUUUGCGUUUUCUUACCGUGUGGGAACACGUGGGUCAAGAGGUGUAUUUGCAAGGACUUGUUAAUUCAGGGUGUGGAAAAUACACUGUUUUUUUUCAGUGCGUGUUUUAAGCGGAGAAAGAAACCUUGAUUGUGAACGACACAAGUAGAACCUGUCUGCUCUCUCUGUCUGUGUCAGUCAGAUGUAUACAGCCAUAACAGAAUUUUAACCUUAGAAGAACUGCUCCAAAAAGAACUAGAACUUUCCCCUCAGAACCACAUCUGCAUUACCGCCUGUCAUGUUCCUCCACGUGUUGUAGGUUUAUUUAUGAGACAAAAGGAAAUCCUCAAUUCUGCAAGAUCUUUUUUUGUUGUUCAGUGAAGUCAGACGCUCUUUUUAAUUGUUACUUUCCCCUUGUUAUUCCCAGUGUUAGUGAAAAGCAGAAUGAAGCCAGAAUGGGUUUGUGUGAACGAUUAGGAUGAGGUGUGUAAAGGUUGUAAUUAUUGUUUUUGUUUAUUGAUUUUUUUUUUCCUUUGCAACUGUUGAUGAGGAACCAGGUUUCAGAAUUCACAAUAAACUUUUCUU